AAAUAAUAUUUAGGCUAUGGACAUUGUUACAAGAUUAUCGAAGGUAGUGAAAGAUUGCCCUGAUUUUCCCAGGAAAGGAAUCCUCUUCAAAGACAUAAUGCCGAUAUUUAAUGAUCCUGACUUAGUACGUGACACCUGCCAAUCACUCGUUGACCAGAUCAUUCAUUCUGGUGAAAGGCCUGAUGUUAUUAUUGGAAUUGAAGCACGGGGAUUCCUCAUUGGACCAAUUAUGGCACAGCAACUUAAAAUCCCGUUUGUGCCAAUAAGGAAGAAAGGAAAGCUUCCCAGGGAAUGUUAUUCUGUAAAGUAUGAAAAGGAGUAUGGUUUUGAUGAGUUCGAUAUUCAAAUAGAUGCUCUCAAGGAGGGUGAUAAAGUGGUGCUAGUUGACGACCUUCUUGCCACUGGAGGAACUCUUGAAGCUGCCAAAAAGUUGUGCGAUAAAAGCAAAGCAGAGGUUCUUUCCCACUGUGUGGUUUUUGAAUUAGAGUUUCUAAAAGGGAGAGAUAGGUUAAGGGAUACAUCUGUUAUUUCGCUUGUGAAAUAUGGCGGCUAGACUACACUUUAGUAGAGCAUCUUGGGCUAUACUGGUUCUAACAAGUUUAUAAUCGGAUGUUUACUUAUAUUUAUUAUGAUAUUAUUAUUCAUUGUAAUGGCAAUAAAAUUUGAGUUAAGUAAUGAUUUUCUUUAUUGUUUUAUAUUAAGGGUUUUGAAUUUUAAUUGAACAUUUCAGAUUUGAACAAUUUCAACAACUAUAUGAUUGUGUACUGUUUAAAAAAGAUUUCAUUUGAUUUUUAGCUAAGUAUUGCA